CGCAACAGCUAUGGAGUCCUCAGACAUGUCCACCACAUCUUACUGGAUCAAGUUCUUCAAGACAGCUGGGGUUCCUGUUGGAGAUGCAGCUAACUACGCUGUUGCGUUUGCUGACAACAGGAUACAGAAGGAGAUGUUGAUGGACCUGACUAAGGAGUACCUGAAUGACAUGGGCAUUACCCGCCUGGGGGAUGUCAUUGCCAUCCUCAAGCAUGCCAAGUCCGUCCAUGUCCAGGAUGCUCGGGAGAAAAUUUUACAUGAAUCUCGCUCCUCUCCACUUUCCCAUGGCAUACUGGCCGUGUCAUCUGUGAGGGAGGCGGCUAAAGCCUCACCUACAUCCAGCCCCACCCCAGGAAGGAAAGGUAGAUCCACAGCUGCCAGUAGGAUUGUGGACCACUAUAUAGGGAAUGAUCCUCAGGCCGCUCCUAUGAACCAGCCCUCUCCUCCUACUGUUGUCAAGAAAGCAGCCAGUAUAGGAGUCAUCCGUCUGAACCCAGCCAGGCAGCAGGAGGUCCCUGUCCCCAAAGUGCGCAGAGUUUUUCCAGAGCAUGAGGGCAAGUACAAGAUCUUCAUGCCUGCAGGAACCACGGCUAAAACCAAGAAAAUUCUGGAGCAGCAAAAACGACUAUCAAUUUCAGAGACUCGACUCGGUGUGAAGAGUUCGGUGUUUGAGCGCCUAGGACAAGACUCGGGCACAGGGGAUGGGAUAUCCGGGCUUGUCAAGGUUACAGGGUUGGAUAAGGAUGUAUCUUCUGUAUUUAGACGUCUGGGUGGUAAGACAACUAUAAAACGUGCAGCAACAUCAACGUCACAAGAUCUGCUUGAUGAUGAUGAUGAUACCUUGUGCCAGAAUGAUCCCCCCUUACAGUACGCAGGUGUGCUCAAAGCGUCUCCGAAGAAAACAAAGACAGCUGUACAAACUGAGACAACAAAAUUUAAAGUUACACUGAAAAAUCCUCUGCAGGACAGAUUGGGUAAAGUGGUGGUGAGUGACAAGUGUGAUGGCAGCCUGGCCUCUGAUACAGUGACGAGUGGUAGCAAAAGUGUGAAGCAUCGGUUAGGAGGUGUGGUGUCCGCACCAGCAAGCAGCACCACCAGCGGGAUGGUGUCCUCCAGCAAGUCGGUGUCUGUCAUCAAAGUUAACAAAACCACACUGAACACCAGGCCAUUCCCAGGGAAGGGCAAGGCAGUCAGCCUAAAAUCAGGUGGAGUCAAAGCGCGGCUGGGCGGUCAUUCCGAAGUCAGCUCUAGUCAAGAAAUCUCAUCCACGGCAGGGAAGAAAACCUCAUUGGCUGGAAAAGAGGCCAAGUCCAAGGGUGUAUUUGGACGGCUAGGACAGCAGGUUUGAUCAAACAAUUACAGACAUUUGGCUUAAAUGGACACCAAAUUGAUUAAAGAGGGUCAACCGAAACAGAUAUGGGACUUCAGUGGACAGCAAGUGUGAUCACAUAGGGUCAACCAAAACAGACAUGUGGCUUCAAUGGACAGCUAGUGUGAUCACAUAGGGUCAACCGAAACAGACAUGUGGCUUCAAUGGACAGCAAGUGUGAUCACAUAGGGUCAACCGAAACAGACAUGUGGCUUCAAUGGACAGCAAGUGUGAUCACUUAGGCUCAACCGAAACAGACAUGUAGCUUCAAUGGACAGCAAGUUUGACCAAAUCAGGUCAAUGAUUACAGGCUUGUGACAUCAGUAGACAGCAAAAGUUAACAUGUCAUGAUAGGCAGAGUUUACUGUCAUGUUAGCAUGAUAUGCAUGAAGGCCAGGUGGUGUUGUCUUGGUGGCUGAGGUUAUUCUGUACCUGAAUCACUGGUCAUGGAUGUGAAUUUACAGAGUCAUGUAUCAAAGUACAAGAUCAAUCAACUGUGUUAGUAGGAUAGAGCUGUCAGUGAUUGUACAUGUGCAGGUACACCAUGUAGCUGUGAACACAUAGCCAGCUGAGGCCAUUACUGGAGAUAUGUUUAUUGGGUGUAACUCAAAUGGCCAUCCACAACAGAGCUCUACUUUAAAGUUUUUAUUGAGAUUUUAAGUUUUUUUCCCUUUUUUAAAAUUUUCUCUCUGUGCUAUUUUUUUUUAUCCUUAUCAUUUUCAUCAGUCAGAAUAUAAAAAGAAACUCAACCCAGGGUAGUUUGGGUUAUGCCCAACAAAGAAUUUUUGAAGGUUGUGUGAACAGGUUGAGCAAUCAUUAAGGAAAUAGGAAUGUGUCAGGAGUUUGUACAGUGUACAUCAUGAGUCACAUGUGGAGUUAGCCAGAAUGACGAAAAGUAUGAACUCAGAAGUUUAUGGCAUGUAUGGUCUUGAUUC